AUGAAGAAUGCGGUUCCACUCAAAAGGAAUAGGAUGAGGACUUACUUAUUAUUAGUUGCUUUAAUCGUUUUUUCCAUCGAUAAUGGAGACGGUACAUGUACCUUUCCGUUCACCGGAACUUGGCAUAGCAGUAACUAUGGCAGCAUGGUAUUUUCCGGUUUAGGUCUCUACCUUUCCGGUUUCACGUUUGACCGGACAUCAAUCGUCGGCAGCGGCUGGGAGUGCUUCUCCAAUACCGGGACCACAUACGUCGCGAAAACUAAUAUGACAAUUACUCUGAAUAAUGGCGGGGCAGCUCACUAUGCAUACACCUGUUUUGUAUUUACCUCGGUGAAUACAUAUUCAUAUUACUAUCGUCAAAAUACUCCUGUAGAGAGUUUGCUGAAGAAUGAGAGAAUAGUGGCGUAUACAACAGGAGCAACUGUCACUUCCGGUGACGUCUGCAGCAGUACGCCAUCAGAUGCAGAGUUUAAUGUAAUGGUGCAAAGUGGACAAGAGGCAAACGCCAAAACUAACAUUGGUGAGGUGAUGUUCGCUAACUUCCACUAUAAGUACAAUAACGGUGUGUCAGAUAAGUGUGGGACAGGGACCACAGAAAGCAUGCUGACCAUCUGCACGGACAGACAGACGCUGACCUUUGAUUACACCGUCUGUAGCGACAACAUGAUGUACUCCAGUGGAGGUGUACUAGGAGCAGUGGCUACCAUAGAAUCAGGCUCCACAUACUACACCUCUGUGUACAACUAUGACAAUACAGUUGACGGCGUCAACACGUUCAGAUUUACCUGCAUUGCAGCAGCCACUUCCGGGACUCAGGUGAGUGCCACCAUUAACCCUAAAUCCUGUAUAGCCAAUCAGAGUCCUACAUCUCGACCUACGAGCGGAGGGAUAUUUACUCUUGUGGCAAACACUACGUGUGCUCUCACCGCUACUGUCGAUAACGUCGAUGUCGCAGGAAUCAUUGGAGGAAUCGUCGGGGGUGUUCUCUUCAUUGUCAUCGUCCUUAUCGUCAUCCUCUUGUGUAUUCGUCAUCACAAGAUAAAGCGAGCUAAGCAAGAGGUUAUAGAUCGACGAAUGAGGGUGUGGAAAAUCAGAAGCAAUGAAGACGAUUUCUAUGCAGACGAUGUUCCUUUAAAUGAAACUUCUAUGAAUCUGGAUUGUACCAAAUCAAUUUACCCUGAAGCGUCAUCGUCGAGGACAACAAAAGUAUUGCAGAAGAAACAAAAAGAUGGUGAUUUGGAAGAUGAAAUUAGGAAUCCAAUUGGUGAAAAAUCCUUUCAAGUUGAGACGCAUAGAAAUAAAGAAAAGAUUACAAAAGGUUUACCAUUUUCAAGACCGCGUACUGAACACAUGCCAUGGAGAACUGGGAAACGCGCUGAAAAGAAGGGCUAUUCCUCUGAAAGGGGGUAUCCAUCCAUGUCCAAAUUCGGUUCAGUAAGCACCAGGAGCUACACAACACUAAAAACAAUGCCAGGUGAUUCUUCAUCCGGAUUUGGAUCCAUGUAUGACAAAGACAGCAUAUACACUAGAUCUGGAACGAAUCUCAGUCGAGGUCUUACCGUUGCAGGUAGCCAGUUUAAAUCAGACUCCAACAUUUAUGCCAAAGCCAAAUCUCUCACAGAAAGAAGUAUGGCAAGGGAACUGACGGCGAUAAAAGAAACGCCUCUCAAGGAAACACCAAAUUACAUGAAGCCAACAAGAUCCAGAACCGCGAUGUCUAUCUACAAGGAACGUGCCAAAUCUCAACACAGUACAUUCCACAAUGAUGAGACGAAGUCUCGUGUUUCGAAGUCUCGUGUUUCAAGAAUGUGUGAUAAUGAAUCUCAAAUAUCUCGAAGGAAAGAUACCCAAUCGCGAAUAACGAAAGUAAGCCCCAAGACUCUUUCACCAAAAGAAAGAGUCAUGGCGCGAGCAAAGUCGAAAAUGAUCAUUAAAGAAAAAACUAAAACAUGGAGAAUUACGGAAAAGCAUAUGCCAAACCCUAAACCUGUGGAUGAGAAAUCAUUUGUCGAUUCGCUACGGGACAAUCCCCCUUCUAUUACAAAGAAGAAGAAAAAACCAAAGAAAGUGAUUGUGAAGAAACUAAAAACGCCGUACGGUGUUGUGCUUAUUGACUCCUCUCAAAAAAGAACGGUUUCUAUGAUGUCCCUAAACCAACUAGCUGGUCUCGUCAAGAAACGAAAAACACCUUCUCGUUCCCAAGUGGAUAUAGUAUAUAAAGAGAAGGCAAGAGAAACGACGGUUGUGAAAGAUUCUAUAAAAGGAAAUGAUGUAAAAAGUGAAACUAGUUCCCAGAAAGGAGGAAGAGAGUUUAUGGAGUCGGAGCACACGUGGAUGGUCUACGAACAAAAGACGGGGCAACCACCAGAAGUUGAACCUACGACCAAUACCGAUAGAAAAACGGACAAAGUGGACACUAAAUCUAACAGAGUGGGAUCUGAUGAUUCUGGAUUUUCUGACAACAACACACCACCAGUGGACGCACACCACCAGUCCAGCCACGGAGAGCCAGUCGACCCAAAACACGAGUCUGAAGAAUUGGAACUUAUCAACAUCCUUCCCCCAACUAGACCGCCCAAGUUCUUCAAAAAUAUCGCAGACCGCGCAAAAACUGCAAAAUCCAGAAAACCCUCGUGGAAAUGACGAGCAAUAUUA